AAACUCCAGCCAUCAAGCUCUUUUUCAGUACUAUCUUCAGAAAUAGAACUUCUAAAGUUGUCUAUAGGAGAACUUAAGGCUGAGUUAAGGGAAAUAAAAAACAGUAAGUCAGUAAAUGCUGGAAACAUCGAAACCAAUACCGAGAUAUCCAAAUUAUCAGAUCAGAUCAGCGAUAUCAGAUCGCAGGUCUGUGAACUGACACCUCUAACUAUCCUCAUGAAAACGGUAAACCUUAACAAGCUUGACACAGAAUCGGUAACUAAGGUAGAUAACCUCAUUAACUUUGUUACCACAGAAGUAACAAAACGACUCGACGCAAAACUGAGUGCUAUUGUCUACAACGUUCCGGACAAUGAGGCACUAAAAAAGGUACAGCGCAUCUUACUUAGUGAAGCGAAAAUGCCUAACUCCAAGACUAAGUGCUAUAGGCUGAAGAAGAGUCAACAUGAAAAGUGUUGUCCUAUUCGUUUUCAGUUCGAAACACCGGCAGAGACCAGAAAAUUCAUUCACUCCCAACACACCCUAUCGCAAGCCAGAAACUACAAACAUAUAAAGGUCGGGGUGGACAAAACAGUCAUAGAAAGGCGCGCAUACAACUAUCUCACUAAGACUAAUUGUGAAAUAGGUAAUAGGACAUUGCAAGCAGCCAUUAUUCCCAACCCUGUGAAAGAUACAGUAGACCCCACCGCAUCACCCCUCUCAAAACACACAGAAAUAUCCCAUCAGAGUGCAACACCA